GUUGCAGGCCGAGUUGCUGAUGAAAGAGGUGCAGUGUUGGGGCAUGAAGUUGGAUAUUGUAUUCGGUUUGAUGACUGCACAGAUCCACAGGCUACAAGAAUUAAGUUUCUAACUGAUGGUAUGCUGGUGAGGGAGAUGAUGGCUGAUCCUUUAUUAACAAGAUACAGUGUCCUCAUGCUGGAUGAAGCCCAUGAAAGGACUCUUUAUACAGAUAUUGCCAUUGGCUUACUAAAAAAGGUUCAAAAGAAGCGUGGGGAUCUUCGACUGAUUGUGGCUUCAGCCACCUUGGAUGCAGAGAAAUUCAGGGAUUUCUUUAAUCAAAAUGAUACCGGUGACCCCAGCAAAGAUACCAGCGUGAUCCUUACUGUCGAGGGGAGAACGUUUCCAGUGGACAUCUUUUACAUACAGAGUCCUGUUCCAGACUAUAUAAAAUCAACUGUGGAAACUGCAAUGAAAAUUCACCAGAUGGAGAAUGAUGGUGAUAUACUGGCGUUUUUAACUGGUCAGGAGGAAGUGGAGACUGUUGUGUCUAUGCUCAUAGAGCAGGCUCGGGCCCUUUCUCGCACUGGAAUGAAAAAACACCUCCGCGUUCUCCCCAUGUAUGCUGGACUGCCUUCUUCUGAGCAGAUGAAAGUGUUUGAGAGAGUUUCUCACAGUGUCAGGAAGGUGAUAGUAGCCACCAACAUUGCCGAGACCUCCAUCACAAUUCACAGAAUUGCAUUUGUAAUCGAUUGUGGUUUUGUGAAGCUCCGGGCCUAUAACCCCAAAACAGCCAUCGAAUGCCUUGUGGUGGUACCGGUAUCUAAAGCUUCGGCUAAUCAGAGAGCAGGGCGUGCAGGACGGAACCGCUCCGGAAAAUGUUACAGACUUUAUACAGAGGAGGACUUUGAGAAGCUGCCGAAGUCCACGGUUCCCGAGAUGCAGCGCAGUAACCUCGCACCUGUCAUCUUGCAGCUGAAGGCUUUGGGAAUUGACAAUGUGCUCAGGUUCCCCUUUCUUUCGCCACCUCCUGCACAGUCAAUGGUGCAAGCUUUAGAAUUGCUGUAUGCUUUAGGAGGUUUGGAUAUGCACUGCCGUUUAACAGAGCCUCUUGGAAUGAGAAUAGCAGAGUUUCCUUUGAAUCCUAUGUUUGCAAAGAUGCUUCUGGAAUCAGGAAAUUUUGGCUGCUCCCAGGAGAUUUUGACAAUUGCUGCCAUGAUGCAGAUUCAAAACAUUUUUGUGAUCCCUCCAAAUCAAAAAGCUCAGGCUGCCAGGCAACACAGAAAGUUUGCUGUGGAAGAAGGUGAUCAUCUCACUAUGCUUAAUGUUUAUGAAGCCUUUGUCAAACACAGCAAGAGCUCUCAGUGGUGUCAGGAACACUUUCUGAACUACAAAGGGCUUGUUAGAGCUUCAGUUGUAAGAGAGCAGCUGAAAAAGCUUCUCGUCCGCUUUAAAGUGCCAAAGAAGUCCAGCGAAGGUGAUCCAGAUCCCGUUUUGAGAUGCAUAGUUUCUGGAUUCUUUGCGAACGCAGCUAAAUUCCACUCUACUGGAGCUUAUAGGACUAUCCGUGAUGACCAUGAACUUCAUAUCCACCCCACCUCAGUGCUGUAUGCAGAGAAACCUCCACGCUGGGUAGUCUACAAUGAAGUCAUACAGACUGCUAAAUAUUACAUGAGAGAUGUGACUGCCGUUGAAUCUGCAUGGCUCUUGGAACUGGCACCUCAUUUUUACCAGCAAGGAACGCAUCUUUCCUUGAAAGCAAAAAGGGUUAAAGUAGAUGACCACUGAUUUGACAUGACAUCAGAUGCAGAACCUACCAGUGAUUUCAAGCUGGUUACAGUCCAUUCAACAGUCAGUUCAUUAGCAAUUUGAUCUUACAUCGACUUCAAUGUUUAAAUGCCUGCCAGGAUCUGUAGGGGUUUAUGCAUGACCAGUACAUUGUAAACCUACGUAGAGCUUGCAUUGUGGACAUUUUAUUCUCUGCCUACUUGACCACUGUUGUUAAUCUGGGCAUGUUGCUCCUUUUAAAUAGGUAG